AUGUCUUCGCACUCAUCGCAAGCACCGGUUCAGUCGCCGGCCGGCGGCAGUCAAACGGGUGGCGCCCCCGCCGUCACCGCCUCCUCUGUCUAUCCCUUACCGCCGAUGAGAUACAUACACAGCAACUUAGACAGCGCCAGAAGAAUGUCUUCGCACUCAUCGCAAGCACCGGUUCAGUCGCCGGCCGGCGGCAGUCAAACGGGUGGCGCCCCCGCCGUCACCGCCUCCUCUGUCUAUCCCUUACCGCCGAUGAGAUACAUACAGAUGUUCAGCGACGACAACGUGUCGCCCGCGAAGUGUCCGCAACCGCCCAAACCUGUGUCGGAGACCGGAGGCCAGUACUCGAUGUUCGGCCAAACCAUUGCCAUCGAUGACCACAUCAUACGCUCUCUGGAGUCGCAGGGAUUGCGCCGAUUGUAUCCCAGAGAGUAUGACCACAAACGGGAGCUCAAGAAAAUGAACGCUUCCAUUCUCGUCAACUUCUUAGACAUUCUCGACGUUCUCGUCAGAUGUCCCGACACUAACAAACGCGAGGACAAGACUAACGACAUUCAACUCCUCUUCAUUACGAUGCAUCACUUGAUCAAUGAGUUGCGUCCACAUCAGGCGCGGGAGUCCAUCAAAGUGCUGAUGCAGAGCCAGAAACGGCAACGCCUGGAGACCAACGCCCGACUCCACAAACAGAUCGAGAAAGUGCGGGAUCUGAUCAACGCUGCCAUCAAUGCCAUCAGCGAUGACACACUGAUGGACGCGUUGGAUGUGAAGCCCAACGCCGCGGAUCUCAUGGCACUCACGAAGACUAACGCCUCGUCGUCGGCCGCUGUGGCCGCGACCGCACUCGAGGCCAGCGGUCAACAGAUCGACAAUACCUACGAAAAGGACGCUCUUAUGUGUGAUUUUGUCGAAGAGUUAGCACUCGCUUAAUGUCUACUUUUUCCUCACAAACUAUUGAUACUAUCGUUAAUCUCAUCGAUCAUUGGGUCUUAUAAUCGCGGAUCAAUUGAAGUGACAAUUAAUUUAACACAUUAUUAUAUUUAACACUCAUUUAUAAUAUUUAAUAAAUUAUUUUUCAAAACAA